AUGCGGGGCCGGGGGCUGCUCUGCGGCAUCGCCCUCUCGCUGCUGCUGCGCCCGCCGCGCCGCGGGGCUGCCGCCGGCCCGGAGCUGCCGCCCCAGGUGGUGACACCGCGGUGGGAAGCGGCAGGGAGCGCCAGCAGCGAGAAGCAUCCAUUCAGAGCUGAAGUCAGGAUAAAGGUAGAAGGACAAGAUCUGAUUUUGGAUCUGGAGAAGAAUGGAAACCUCUUUGCACCAGGCUACACGGAGACUCAUUACAGCCAGAGCGGGCAGCCCCGGACUGUCUCACUGCCCCACACAGACCACUGCUUCUACCAGGGCACCGUGCGGGACAGGGAGCGCUCCAGCGUCACRCUCAGCUCCUGCAAAGGGCUGCGAGGACUCAUCGUACUGAACCACAAUUCCAGCUAUGUCCUAGAGCCUCUCCCCAACAGCCAGAACCAGCACUUGAUCUACAGGCUGGAAGACCUGAAGUUGUGGAGAGGAGCAUGUGGCUACGAGGGCACUGAGGCCGAAGACUGGCUCAGGGGCUUCCCUGCUGAGGUGGCCCCAGACUAUCACAGGGUCAAGCGGGACACUUUGCAUGCUACAAAGUACGUGGAACUUCUGCUCGUGGCUGAUUAUGCGGAGUUUCAGAAGCAUCACUUCAGCAUUGAAGCAACACGGCUUAAAUUAGUAGAGGCGGCUAACUACGUAGAUAAGUUUUAUAGAUCCCUGAAUAUCCGGAUUGCCUUGGUGGGGCUGGAGAUCUGGACUCAUGGGAAUAAAUGUGAUGUAACUGAGAAUCCUUAUUCCACCCUGAGGUCUUUUCUGGCUUGGAGCAGCAAAGAGCGGGUGUACAGAAAGCAUGAUAAUGCCCAACUAAUUACGGGUAUCCCAUUCCAAGGUACCACAGUUGGAUUGGCUCCUGUGAUGGCCAUGUGCUCUGAUUUCCAGUCAGGAGGAGUAAACAUGGAUCACUCUGAGAAUGCCAUAGGUGUUGCUGCUACCAUUGCCCAUGAGAUGGGACACAACUUUGGCAUGAAUCAUGAUUCCUCUGGCUGCUGCACUACCAGUGCUGAGGAUGGAGGCUGCAUCAUGGCUUCUGCAACUGGGCACCCAUUCCCCAAGGUGUUCAACCAGUGCAAUAGAAAAGAGCUGGAGAAGUAUCUGCAGUCUGGUGGAGGGAUGUGUCUCUCCAACAUGCCGGAUACCAAAAAAAUAUAUGGUGGGAAGAAAUGUGGAAAUGGCUACUUGGAAGAGGGGGAGGAAUGUGACUGUGGAGAGGUGGAGGAGUGCGACAACCCCUGCUGCAAUGCCAACAACUGCUCGCUGAAGCUGGGUGCUGARUGUGCCCAUGGCAGCUGCUGCCAGCACUGCAAGCUGAUGUCUCCAGGAACUCUCUGCAGAGAAAGAUCAGGACUUUGUGACCUCCCAGAAUAUUGCACUGGAGAGUCUCCGUUUUGCCCCCCAAACUCAUACCAAAUUGAUGGGGCUUCCUGUGAAGGAGGAAAGGCAUAUUGCUACAGUGGCAUGUGCCUCACUUACCAAGACCAGUGCGUGCAGCUGUGGGGGCCUGGAGCAAGGCCAGCACCAGACACCUGCUUUGAGAAAGUUAAUGCUGCUGGAGACAUCUAUGGGAACUGUGGGAAGGACAUCUAUGGCAACUACAGGAAGUGUGAGAUGAGAGAUGCUAAAUGUGGGAAGAUCCAAUGCCAGAGCUCUGCUUCCAAACCCCUGCAGUCCAAUGCAGUUGCUAUAGACACAUCUAUCCCCGUGGGAAGGACACAGCUGAGGUGCCGUGGGACGCAUGUGUACAGAUCUGAGAGYGAAGAAAAGGAGAUGCUGGACCCCGGCUUGGUGUUGACGGGAACGAAAUGUGGGAGCCAACAUGUUUGCUUUGAGGGACGCUGCCAGAACACAUCCAUCAUCUUUGAAUCCGAAAGCUGUAACAAGAAGUGCCAUGGGCAUGGAGUUUGCAAUAACAACAAGAACUGCCACUGCAACCCGGGAUGGGCUCCCCCAUUUUGCAACAAGGAAGGGCUGGGAGGAAGCUUGGACAGUGGCCCCCCACUGCCAGAAGGCUUUUCAGUGGUGGAAAUUACGCUAGCAGUCCUGGCUCCAAUUCUUCUUGUUAUUGGAAUCAUGAUUUUGUUUUGCUAUCUGAAAUGCCGGCAUAAAUUUUUGAUCUGUUCUCUAAGGAAGACCCCACAGUUUAGUGACAUGCCUGGAAGCGGCCAUGCAAACCCUGCCUUCAAGCCAAAAACUCCUCAGGGACAGAGAAAGGCUAUUGGAUUCCCUGAAGUSCCAUUGAAACCUCCUCCCCAACAAGCUCCAGGUCUCCGAAUAAAUGCACAGCAGCCUCCUGCUUUCUCCAGUGGCUCCAGCUGUGGUGGUGGGACACCCUCGUGGCUGGCGCAUCAGAUGGUCACAAAGGACACUGCCAGGCGGACACCUCCGAGCAGGCCAGCACCUCCUCCUCCUCCUCCCAAAGCCCCAGUGUCUCAGGAUAUUUCCAGGCCCCGGCCACCCCAAAGAGCUUUGCCAGCCAACCCUGUCCCCGCCAGACUCAGGACCCGGCCAGGGGAUGGCCCUGCAAUUCCCCUGCCCCCGGCUCACGGGAGGAACCCGGGACAUCUCCAUCCACCAGCAGAGAACGCAGGAGUCAGGAUGGCUGGAGCAAGGAGCGUCCUCAACGGGUGACACCUGUGCUCCUGCGGCGCCUGUGGGCCCCAGUUUGGCCCCUGCCAGCCCAGGAUUCACAGGGGCUUGGACAGCCCUCAUCACUCAACCAAACAUACGUGAUUCCAAGAAGAAUCCAAACUCCUCUGGUUUUCUCGCCGUCAGGCUUGGCAGGUGCAAACUCAGAAACUGUGUCAGUACCUGCCAUGCUGGACUCUAUCUACCAUGCUCACAGCUUUUCUUGUGUAGAGAUACCUUGUGUAUAUGGUAUUUAAUUGUUAUUGUGCAAUAUUCAAUGCAGGGGGAUGGGGUCUUUACAUGUUUUUUAUCAGUUAUUUAAGUGUUUCCAAGAAGAAUGAGCUGAGUCCAGGUGCUAGCCUUGAAAGGCUUUUAUGUAAGAUCCAGGCCUGUUUGCCUCCCUCAGCCCAUGCAGCAGCUGCAGAAGCGUCUGUUGGUGCUAUACAGAAACCACUGCCUCUUGGGAGAGCAGGACACAGCCUUUGAUAAAACUUCUCCAGUUUAUUCUCAGUUUACAGUGGCUGGCAAGCUGGGCCACAGCAGAGAGCAAGCAGCCCACAGGCACACUCCUGGUUGAAAUACCUGGAUUAUGGAUUUUUGGUAGAGCAGAUGAAGCAUUUUCCCAAGGUGACCAUCUUCAGCAAGAUCUCUGCAACCUUGGUCUCACCAGGCUCUUGUGUGUCUCAYGUUGGUGCUGUAAGAACAAAGACCUCUCACCAGUGUCACUUAGACACUGGUAUGGUACGACAGAGAAACUCUCAAACCAGGAUACGGGGCAAAUGGCCAGAGGGAGGUUCAGCAAAGCGCUGAAGCCUCCUCUCCACUGCAUGGUACUGCCCAACUUCAGUAGACACUUUCAGUAGACACUUUUCAUGUGUGUGUGUGUAUAUAUAUAUAUUUUUUUUUUGUGGGGGAGUGGGAGCCUUCAGCUUGUGCUGAGCAGCAUUUCCACACUGGCUGUUGCCUCCUCCUACAAUGAGAAACCUACCUUAAAGUUGCCCUAUUGGUAAAACAGCAGGAAUAUUAAUAUGAUACAUGGUGCUUUCAUAGGACAGGUUGUUUCCUCCAGGCUUUUGCUCUGCUGGAGGAAGGUGUCCGCGUGCACUUUAAGCAGCUGAUUGUUCUGAACCUGUGGACCCACCAUCMUGAGGCUGAUUUUUCUCUCUUACUGGUUUGGGCUUUUG